AUGAGAAGUUUCCACAGAGAGUUGUUGGAAAAGUUCGAAGAAAUCGGAGGAGAUGAAUGGCCGCGAUCGGUGAUUCGAGUUAUGAGAGAGUUCAAGCUCGAAUCGGUGGAAGAGUUGAGAGAAGCGUGUGCGAAGGCAGCGCAAGUGCAAGUCGAGGAGAACUUGUUGACGGAGUGCUGGAAGGAGGAAAAGGAGAUGCUCGGGGAGCAAAUCCGAGAAAUCCAGAGAGAAAAGGAAAUGCUCGGGGAGCAAAUCCGGAAAAGUCAGAGAGAAAAGGAGGUGGCUGAGGCUCAGGUCAGGAAGCUGGAGAAGGCGCUGACGAAACCGAGGAAGAAGCUGGAUCCGGAGGAGCGUAAGCCGAAUGGCUUGCGGGAUGAAUCCCAGGAAAUCGCUGUGGAAACAGUGGCGGGUGACGAAAAAACGAGUGAGGAGAAGAAGGUUUUCAUGGUAGGAAAUCUGGGAAUCCGUGUGGAAAACAGGAAUCCGUACAGGGAAACGGCGGAGAAGAGCAAGGAAAUCGCUGUGGAUACAGUGACGGAUGAGGAAAAAGAAGGGAUGAAGCCAAAGAAGACGGUGAUUAGAGAAUCGAAGAUUCUCAUAACUCCGAAAAUCGGCGUGAAGGGAAAAUCCAUCUUUGAGUAUCGGAAAAGUGCGCUGAACACGUGGAAGGAUAAAUUCGAUUUUGCGAAUGUAGAAUCGGUCGUAUUCUUGGUAAAUCUCACGGAAGACGAGGAGACUAACCAAAAGUUGGGUGCACUGGUGCUGGAGUUAGCUGAGGAGGUGAAGGAGAUCACGAUCAUUCCAUACAUGAUGGAGUGUGCAAAAUCGGGAUUGGUGGAAAGUUGGAAACGGAGUUGGAUAACUGCCGGUAAUGUGAAGUGGAACGAUUCGUCUGCGAGUGGCAAAACAGGCGAGAAAUUCAAAACGGUGGAACAACUGCUGGAGUUCCUGGAGGAGAGUACGACGGAGAAUUUGGUGGUGGCCAAGCUGAGAAAGGAGUCGGUGACUUCGGAGGCACGGACAAAGGAGAACAAAUGGAGUCAUCAUUGA